ACUACCACAGAACAAAAAUGAUUUACAAAAAAUAAAUUGAACGAAUGUGUUGAAAUAAAUAAAGACUUUGUGAAAUAUAUUUAUUUCAGCUGGAAACUACGUAAUAAAUUUACUGUUACAUAAACAAUACAAAAUACGAUUCAAUGGCCUCAAGAAUUCAGGCUACUGCGAGGCAGUUAUCGAAAACGUUUAAGAAGAAGAGUAGAUUUGAUAUUGGCAUAGCCACCGAGCUCCCCGCGGCGUAUAAGAAGUUCUGGCGGGAGUGGAAAGUGCUGAAACCUGCCGCUGUGCACUACAUCCCUCAGAACAGCCAAUGGAAGCGGGAUGAUAUCACAGGGGAGACCCUGCCUGUGCAGAAUAUUCCCAUCCCUCUGAAGUACCCUGGCGAGCUUCACGAGGGCAUAUGGGGCGGUGAAGCUGUAGUUAAAGGUUUUCAGAAGCGCAAUCCGAACAAGCGCAGGGUUCCUCACUACUGGGUGCCUGUGCUGAAGAGGACCGUUGUGAAGUCCGUAGUCCUGAAUACUCACCUCUCAGUGACUGUCACUGACCGCACCAUUAGCCUCAUCAAUGACCACUACGGGUUUGACCACUACCUCCUGAAGACACCUGCCUGCGACCUCGUCUCCUUGUUAGCCUUAAAACUGAAGAAACAAAUCCUGACAGAGCUGAUGAAUGGAUGCCCGCGGUACGCCCAUGAUCCCAAAAAGCAGAAGGAAGUUUAUGCAGAAUAUCAAACUUAUCUGUCUUCUUACACCCCUGAAGAAAUAGACUGGUAUGGUCUGACUUGGUAUGAGGCUUUGUCUAAAAUGGCUAAGCAGAAGGAAGCUGCCAACAGGCCGGCACCACUCAAGAACGCCUACAGGAAAAACCUGCUGGAGAAACUAAAAGCUGCUGGCAUUGAUGGAGUUAAACCUAAUACAGAAGAGGAUAUUGCCUCCACCUCCACGUGGCUAUCUAAAAUGAAUCCAUUUGGAAAAAAGGAUGAAGCAUAGUGAGUAGUGACAUAGUCAAAUUAUUGUGAGAAUAAUAUUAUAAAUUGUUGUGUAAUCUAUAAACAAAGUAGCUUGAGUUAACAGUUUUUUUUUGUUUUUUUUUAGAAAAUGAGUAUGUUUUAGCAGACUGUGAUUGUGGCGUCACUUUAAAAACUUAGCUAGAUGGUUAUUGUAAAAAAUAAUAAAAAAGACAUAAAAGCAA